ACGUGAUCUAAAAAUGUCACGUGACAGCAGCAACUGUUGUCCUUCUGUUUCUGACUGACACUUUUCCUCGUUUCCUCGUUCUCCCUACAGUAGUUGUCACUUUUGCUUCAUCUGCCUCAGUGGUAAAUGCGAAACAGACUUGAGACAAAGGUGUUCUGGAAUAAAAUACUCAAAAAAGGGCAGUACAGCAUUGCAAAUAUAUGAAGAAAUGAACAGUGAAAACUUCCUCCUGAGUGAGAAAAUAGUGUCGCCCUCCUAUGUUCGGCAGGGGUCACAGGCCCGACGUGGCCAUGAGCAACUCAUCAGACAAUUAUUGGAACAGGGUAAAUGCCCCGAAGAGGGAUGGAGCGAAAGCACAGUAGAGCUUUUCCUGAACGAGCUGGCCGUGAUGGACAGCAACAACUUCCUGGGGAACUGUGGCGUAGGCGAGAGAGAGGGCAGGGUGGCGUCCGGCCUCGUGGCACGCCGACAUUACAGGUUAAUCCAUGGCAUUGGUCGUUCAGGAGACAUUGCUGCUAUUCAGCCUAAGGCUGCGGGCUCCAGCCUGCUCAACAAACUCACCAAUUCUGUUGUGCUUGACAUCUUAAAGCUUUCAGGUGUCCGGAGUGUGGCAAGUUGCUUUGUUGUUCCCAUGGCAACAGGGAUGAGCUUGGCUCUUUGCUUCCUCACCCUUCGUCACAGGAGACCCAAAGCACGCUACAUCAUUUGGCCUCGCAUCGACCAGAAGUCCUGUUUCAAGUCGAUGAUCACGGCAGGCUUUGAACCCGUCGUCGUGGAGAAUGUCCUCGAUGGCGACGAAUUGCGAACAGACUUGGAGGCGGUGGAGCGGAAAGUGGAAGAGCUCGGCGCCGAGAACAUUCUGUGUGUUCACUCCACAACGUCUUGUUUUGCACCGCGAGUCCCUGACAGCCUGGAAGAGCUGGCUGCUAUGUGUGCCAAACACAACAUUCCUCACGUCGUCAACAAUGCAUACGGAGUGCAGUCGUCCAAAUGCAUGCAUCUGAUACAACAGGGGGCUCGUGUGGGAAGAAUUGAUGCCUUCGUUCAGAGUUUGGACAAGAACUUUAUGGUUCCAGUAGGUGGCGCCAUAAUUGCUGGUUUUGAUGCAGCUUUCAUAGAGGAGAUUAGCAAGAUGUAUCCAGGUCGAGCCUCCGCUUCACCUUCACUGGACGUCCUCAUCACCCUCCUCACCACGGGAGCAAACGGCUACAAGAAGUAUCUGUCAGAGAGGAAGGAGAUCUACUCCAUUCUGGCUGAGGAAUUGAAAAGACUGGCGUCUGCACACGGGGAAAGAUUGCUGCACACGCCUCAUAACCCCAUUUCUCUGGCAAUGUCUCUAGAUGGCCUUCAAGCCACCAGCGACAAAGCAGUGACUCAGCUGGGCUCCAUGCUGUUUACCCGACAAGUUUCUGGAGCCAGGGUCAUACCACUUGGUAAGGAGCAGACCAUAAAUGGAUAUACAUUUCGUGGGUUUAUGUCGCACUCCGAGUCCUACCCCUGCCCCUACCUCAACGCGGCCUCGGCCAUCGGCAUCACUCGGGAAGAUGUGGCGCUGUGCAUCAAAAGGCUGGAUAAAAGCCUGAAGGCUCUGAAGAAGGAGGGAAAAGCAGCGAGGAGCCCUUCUCCAUUAGCCUCACAGAAUCUCUGAACGUGGUGACAUCCAGAGAUGAAACUAUCAGCAGCUUGUUUGUUCAAGCAUAGGAAUUCAGAUAUUUAUUAAUAAACCUGGACAGGUUCGCUGCCUUUGAUUGCACAACACCUGCCUUUAAAUCUCUAAGGAGCAAAAUGGCCUUUUGCCUCUAUAGCUAUAAUUUAAUAAACUGUCAAACUGUUUUCUGUUUUUUUUUUUUCAUUUUUAGAUCAUGUUUUAUUAAAAAAAGAAGAUUAAAAGAUUGAGCUUCAUGUAGCAAUUUCUCUGAAUUAAAAGCGUCUCAUAAUUGAGCGGGGAGUCUUAGCAUGUAAUAUUGUCGUAGCAUUAGGCAGACAGAUGGUGCAUAAUGAAUUUAUGUUCUCUUUUUGGCAUAAAUUAGCCCCCCUUCUCUGACUGAUAUACCAAACAAUCUAAUUGCUGAUCCAUUAACUCCAUCUGAACUCUGUAAUGGACUGUCUGUUAUGUUUUUAGGUUAUAUAACGAAUCAUUUUAAAUGAAUUAACAGCUAAGUAGACCAAAGAAUCAUCUGUGACCAGACAAGGAAGUGCGUAUGUUCAGAGUUUGAAUCAACACCGUAUGCAAGAGGCUCAGGUAAAAAAAAUCUGAUCAUGUUGGGAUAUUCCACGUCUCCUCUGUGCUCAGAAGCAGCCGCGUCUGUGCAGAUGUUGCUCUUCGUCUUGCUAUUAGUAAUGCAGGUCACAGAUGCUGUGUAGCGGCAGAGCCGCCUCAGCCGGCAGCCUUCAGAAAGGGGGGCUGCUCUCUGAUAGUUAUGCCGUUGUAUCAGCACAUUCCACUGUUCCAGAGCUGUACUGAGGCACUGAGAGAAGAGAGGGAGAAAAAACCCUACUGCCUCUGAUGCUGCUGUCACUAUGCAGCAAUGCAUGUCAAUGAUGAUCAGUCAAAAUGAAUGUGAGCUUUAAUGAUCUGAAAUCUGUGUUUUUAUGUGCAGAAAUGGAAAAUAUAUGUAUAUAAGCGCAA